CGAGCGGAAACAGCCACUGCAACGAGAAUCCGACCAUCAAAUCCGCAUCCCUCGCCCACGCGGGCGGCCAGACCGCACCACGGGCACCAGUCCGAGUGAACCAACGACCCAGGCCUGAACCCAAACGGGGGCGCUCGAAUGCCGCGCGCGGUGCGCACGGUGGCCGUGGUGGGCGCGGGCGCGGCGGGGCUGGUGGCCGCGCGCGAGCUCCUCCGCGAGGGCCACGCCGUGGCCGUUUUCGAGAAGUCGGCGCGCGCGGGUGGCACCUGGGCGUACGACCCGCGCGCGGACGCGGACCCGCUGAGCCGUGACCCGGGCGCCCCCGGCGCCGUGCACGGCAGCCUCUACGCAUCACUGCGCACCAACCUGCCGCGCGAGCUCAUGGGCUUCUCGGGCUUCCCACUGGCCGGGCGGGUCUUUGCGGGAGACGCGCGCACGUUCCCUGGUCACAAGGAGGUGCUCGCCUUCCUCGACUCCUUCGCCGAGGAGUCCGGCGUUGCAGCCCGCGUCAGGCUCCGCUCCGAAGUGCUGCGGGUGGCGCCCCUCGGUCAGGACCGGGGGGAGCGGUGGGCGGUGGCGUGGCGCAGCGAGGACGGCGAGGUGGAGGAGGAGUUGUUCGACGCCGUCGUCGUCUGCAACGGCCACUGCACGGUGCCUGUAGUGCCCAAGAUCCAAGGAAUCGACAAAUGGCGAGGAAAACAAAUGCACAGCCACAACUAUCGCACUCCGGAGCCAUUUCGAGAUCAGAGUGUUGUUGUUGUAGGAUUGGGAGCCAGUGGAAUGGACAUUGCUAGAGAAAUCUCACAUGUGGCCAAAGAAGUGCAUAUUGCGUCCAGAUACUCGGAGGACAGGCUGGGAAAGAUUGAACUCUACCAGAAUGCCUGGAUGCACACAGAGAUAGAUUGCGUCCAAGAUGACGGCCGCGUGCGCUUUGCUGAAGGUUCAGCAGUGGCUGCAGAUACCAUUCUUUACUGCACAGGGUAUCGCUACCAUUUCCCGUUCCUCGACCUGGAUGGGCUCACCGUGGACAACAACCGUGUCGGACCACUGUAUAAGCACGUCUUCCCCACGAAAUACGCGCCCAUUCUCUCCUUCGUCGGGCUGCCAUUUAAGACCAUUAUCUUCCAGUCGUUCGAGCUGGAAUCCAAGUGGGUCGCCGCCGUCCUGUCGGGGCGAGCCACGCUGCCGAGCGAGGAGGACAUGCUCGCCGCCGCGCGGGAGGACUACCGGUGGAUGGAGGAGGCCGGGAGGCCGAAGCGCCACACGCACGCGCUGUGGCCCGAGUGGGUGGAGUACCUGAACUGGCUCGCGGACCAGGUGGGUGAGCCGCACCUGGAAGAGCGGCGGUGCGAGAUGUACGAGAAGGCACUCAAGCGCAUCUGGUCCCUGGACAGAGAAGAAGAUAACAGUGACACUAGUGCAACGUAGGAUCAAACAAGCAUCAUCAAAUCAUGAUUUUUUUUAGAUCCAUCAACAUGAUUCUACAUUAUUACUUCCUUAUAGUCCUCUGGGAAAUAAUUUGUUCUAGCUAACAUGGAAACACAUUGUUCUUUCGUUUCAUCUCUAUUAUAUAAAAUACGAGUUAUUUUUCA